UUACUGUUCUUGUAGCUGUUCAUAGAGAUAUCAUAGCAUUAGUAUUGAAUUCUAGAGGUCAUUUGAGCUGGUGAUUGUCAACUUUCAAUGGUUGACAUUUGAUGUUUGAUCCUUCUGGAUAUUUGAGUCUGCUGGAUCAGUCCUGUGCUGUAUUGGACAUAAUUCUGGGUUAAGCCAAAGUCUGACUGUCUUUUAGUGGUACAAAGGACAGAAAAAGGUCAUAGACGUUGCAGAAACAUCCAAAGGCCUGCCCGACCUUGUGGUUAGCUUAGGUUGUUAACGGGACAAAUACACACGAAGCGUUCUAGAACCUUCGACAUACUGUGGCUCUCAGGCUUAGAGGAUAAUUCGAACUUGUCGUGAAAAGUUCUCAUUCUUUUCAACAGCUCAAACAAAACGCGAGUGUGCGUAUUAUGAGCAAAAGUGGUUAUUAUGUCAAUGCCAAUGCUACCGAUUUUAUAUUCUAUGAUUAUGAAAAUUCAACCAUUACGCCUGGUAAAAUGGGAAAUUACGUCAUGGGAGCUCCUGAGGCACCCGCGUUACAAACGUUUGAAAAUUCUUACAAACCUAUACAUGGCUACUUAGCCGCUAUCGUAUGUGUGUUUGGUGUUCUAGCAAAUGUUUUGAAUAUAAUUGUUCUGACUAGGAAGAACAUGAUUUCUUCGACUAAUAUUAUAUUAACUGGUCUUGCUGUGUCUGAUGGAUUAACAAUGGCGUUUUAUUUUCCGUUUGCCCUACAAAUGUACGUCAUACAUGGGAUAUCGGCAAGUCCGGACCGCGAUACCGAGGCAAAUGCCAAGUAUACUUUGACCUACGCCAUUGCAAGUGUAAUAUUACAUUCAAUAUCAAUUUGGCUGACUGUUACGUUGGCCGUGUUCCGGUAUGUGUUUAUUCGGUUCCCGCGCAUUGGAGCACAAUACUGCAACAUUCAACGUGCAAAAACGGCUGUAAUCAGUGUUGCAAUUGUUGUAACGAUCGUAUGUAUACCAAAUUCAAUCUCAUACGAGUUCAAGUCACAAUCGAUUGAACCACCAGCAAAUUCGUCAAACAUGACUUCGCAUCCUUCGCUGUGGUGGAUUGAUGUCAGAAACAGUACACACAGUGACGUCGUUCUGCAGAAGUUUAAUUUCUGGGUACAGGCCGUUUUGGUUAAACUACUGCCCUGUUUCUUGUUGACGAUAUUCAGCGUUCUGCUUGUACGGACGAUGCAAAAUGCGGAAAAUCGCCGGAAGAAAAUGAUGACCAAAAACUCAGUUGCGGACGGGGAAACCCAGCCAAUCGGAGGUUCGACCUCGUCUUCAAAACGUUCCCGGCGUUCUCAGCGAACAACCCGGAUGCUAUUGACCGUAGUGAUUCUAUUUUUAGUAACCGAGACGCCGCAAGGAAUAAUGAAUUUACUGAGCGGCCUCAUACAGGACUUUUUUCACCACAUCUAUACACCAUUAGGGGAUUUGUUGGAUAUCCUGGCCUUGAUAAAUAAUGGAAUUAACUUUGUACUAUACUGUACUAUGAGCAAGCAAUUUCGAGACACAUUCAUCUCUAUAUUUUGUCAGUGUUUUCCGAAAAUGGUGGAGGGUCGAAAACUUCAAACAGUCACCACUACUAUGGUAACUGAAGGACUCUGAUUAGGAUACAGUAGUUUUAGAAUUCGAUGUUGUAAUUUUAUGGGAUGCAUGUGAUAGCUACUGAUUUAUGGUAAUAUCAUAUUAAUGUAAUUUCCACCUUACCAUAAACCAUUUCGUGUUUGAUAUUUGAGAUAUAAUCCUUGUUGUUAUCUAUGUUUGUUUCCUAAGCUGAUUGCUACUUUCGCAACAUUGAUUAACUUUAAUUGUUUGUUGCAUACUGUAUAUAAUUUCAUUCACAUCUAUCUAUAAACAUAUAUUAUAAAAGUUUUAUAUAAAACCCUUUUUAUUGUAAACACUGUGAAGUAGCAAGAGACCUCUCUUUGAAAGCUCGUUAUUUUGAUUUUGUAUAAACUCAAUAAAUUGCAUAUGUUAACCCCUUAAAACAAUUACCGUACGUAAGUUUAAUAUAUGGUUAAACUAUAUCAUAAAGUCUCAACAAUAACUAUGUAUGUAUAAUAUUAUAUUUUAUUGCAUUGUAUAAUGUUUUAGUAUACUACUUAUAAUGUUGAUACUUGUUCGCUUUAUCUUAUAUAUUUCUUGUAUUCAGUAUAAUUAUAAAUACGCUAGAACAUUUUACUACCAUUUAUUUCUAAAAUUAAAUUGUUAUUUUUUUUUUUUUAAUUAAUUGCAUUAGGUAGGUAACGCCUCUUUUGAAGUUUUUGGUGAUAUAAUUCUACAUUUAAUCGAAUACUGUGCGUGGGCUAAGCAGAGAUGAAACAAAAAUAAACGUUUUGUGAAAGAACGAGCCGCUGCGACAUGUCCAUUAACAGUAUUCUUGCUGCAAUGCCAAUACGACAUUACUCCUUCUGUGGAAUAAAAACAAUAUUGAAAAUGUUAAACACAUUUCUUUAGCAAAUUUUUGACGUAAGUCAUUUUGCUAAAAUUAGAAUCGGACUGGUCACAUGAUUUAAUAAAUUAAACCUUCUUAGUUUUUAAAGUCUAAUUGAUGAUAUACAUUAGAUGUAAUUAAAACACCUGUGGUUGUGUUUAAGUUUUACUUUGACUAUCCUAAGAAAUUGACUUAGGUCAAGACAUGACUAACGAUGUUUUAUGAAUACCGGCGCCAAGUUCAGAAGUGACAUGCUAGUAUUUACCUUCAAAUACAUAGAUAAAUUUAACCCUUUUCGGCCAUUUUCAUCACAUAUAUAUAUUUAUAUGUGUCAGUAUUGAUGUCAAUCACAAAGAAUCACUACCAGAACUUUCUGACUGUGUAAACUUAUUGUACAAACAUUUUAUAAUUUUAACAUAAUGUUAGUGUUGUUCAUGUUUAUAGCUUUGUAUAAACCUUAUCUAUGAAUAUCAAUGUUGUCAAUGUGAAAAGUGUGGCUGUAUUUUGAGUAUAAGCUUUUCAUUAUAUUUAUUCAUGUUUAUCUAGAAAUGAUUGUUCUGAAUAAAUACUAUGUAU